AUGCCUCAUUUGCGAGAGAUAUUGAAGGUGAUUGAAUAUGGAAGGGAGUUCAAGGGCGAGUUGGGGAUUCUGGAUAUACCGGAAUGGAGACAGGACUGGAGAAGAAUGGCUACCCAGAUAGAGGCGGAUAUCAGAGAUCAAAGAGAGAAAUUGAGUAGUGAAGGAAACAAGAUGGGAGAGGUGAAGAUGAGGUAUGUGUAUUUGACAAAAGGGGAGGAGAUGACUUGA